CGUGGCCAUCCUUGAGAUCUGAGAAGUUCUGCCAAGUAAAGGGCAUCUUUUGAAUUCUAGCUGACAUGUAAGUCGUGAUAUUCAAUUAGUAUGGAGAUCUACUAAAAUAGAUUAAAAUUGUUCACUUGAUGUGAAAUUUUGAAAGAUCUAAAAUAAUUCAACAAUAAUUCAAUUGCCGAAUUAACGAGUUAUGUAACAAGCUUUAAUGUAAACUUGAGCGGUCUUACUAAGCAAAUGAAUAACUUUGUAAUGAUACGCGGCUUAUGCUUCAUUUAUUGACUGCACGGAUGAGGGACAAACACAAAAUGGACCACAAAAACAAGUGACCAGACAAGUGACCACACAGGCAUGAGACCUCGCAGACAAGGGACAACAUGGAAAAAUGACUACACAGACAAACGACCAAAUGGACAAAUGAGAACAAGUACAUAUGAGUACACGAACAAAUGAGACCACGGACAUAUGAGUACACGGACAAAUGAGAUCACGGACAUAUGAGUACACGGACAAAUGAGACCACGGACAUAUGAGUACACGGACAAAUGAGACCACAGACAUAUGAGUACACGGACAAAUGAGACCACGAACAUAUGAGUACACGGACAAAUGAGACCACAGACAUAUGAGUACACGGACUAAUGAGACCACGGACAUAUGAGUACACGGAUAAAUGAGACCACAGACAUAUGAGUACACGGACAAAUGAGACCACGAACAUAUGAGUGCACGGACAAAUGAGACCACGAACAUAUGAGUGAACGGACAAAUGAGACCACGAACAUAUGAGUGCACGGACAAAUGAGACCACGAACAUAAAACCACGAGGAAAAGUGAUGACGCAGAAACAAGACCACAAGGAAAAGUGAUGACACUGACAAAAGACUACAAGGAAAAGUGAUGACACUGACAAAAGACCACAAGGAAAAGUGAUAAAUAGGAAAAACAAUCACAAGGAAAAGAUAUAAAUAGGACAAAAUAUCACAAGUAAAAGUGAUGACGUGGACAAAAGACACUAGGAAAAGAACUGGCAUGGACAGAAGACCACAAGGAAAAGUGAUGACAUGGACAAAAGACCACAAUGAAAAGUGAUGAAUAGGACAAAAGAAUACAAGGAUAUGUGAUGAUACUGUAAAAAGACAACAAGGAAAAGUGAUGAUACGGACAGAAGACCACAAGGAAAAGUGAUGACACGAACAAAAUACCACACGAAAAAUUGAUGAAUAUGACAAAGACCACAAGGAAAAGUGAUGACAUGGACAAAAAACCAUAGGGACAAGUGAGGACUCGGUCAAAAGACAUCAAGAAAAUGUCAUGACACUGACAAAAGACAACAAAGAAAAGUGAUAACAAGGACAAAAGACGACAAGGAAGGAAUAGUGAUAAAACGCACAAAAGACCACAAGGAAAAGUGAUGUCACGAACAAAAGUUCCAAAAGAAAAAGUGAUGACAUGGACAAUAGACCACAAGGACAAGUGAUGAAACUGACAAAAGACCACGAGGAAAAGAGAUGACGCAGACAAAAGACCACAAGGAAAAGUGAUGACAAGGACUAAAGAGCAUAAGGAAAGGUGAUGCCACGAACAAAAGACCACAAGGAUAAGUGAUCACAAGUACUAUAGACCACAAGAACAAGUGAUGACACGGACAAAUGUUCCAAAGGAAAAGUGAUGACAUGGACAAAAGACCACAAGGACAGGUGAUUACACUGACAAAAGACCACAAGGAUAAGUGAUGACACAGACAAAAGACAACAAGGAAAAUUGAUGACACGGACAAAAGACCACAAUGACAAGUGAUGUCAUGGACAAAACACAACAAAGAAAAUUGAUGACACGGACAAAAUACCACAAAGAAAUGUGAUGAUUUGAACAAAAAAAAACCGCACCGAAAAUUCAUGACAUGGACAAAAGUUCCAAAAGAAAAGUGGUGACAUGGACAAAAGACCACAAGGACAAGUGAUGACACGGACAAAAGACCACAUUAUAAAGUGAUAACUAGGACAAAAGACCACAAGGACAAAUGAUGACACGGACAAAAGACCACAUUAUAAAGUGAUAACUAGGACAAAAGACCACAAGGAAAAGUGAUGACACGGACAAAAGACCACAAGGAAAAUUGAUGAUAUGGACAAACGACUACAAGAAAAAGUGAUGACACGGACCAAAUACCACAAGGAAAAGUGAUGACACUGAGAAAAGACCACAAGGUUAAGUUAUUACACGGACAUAUGCCACAAGGAAAAGUGAUCACACGGACAAAAGAUCACAAGGAAAAAUGAUGACACGGACAAAAGACCAUAACGAAAAGUUAUGACACGGACAGAAUACCACAAGGCAAAGUGAUUAAUAGGACAAAAGAGCACAAGGAUUAUUGAUGAUACUAAAAAAGACAACAAGGAAAUGUGAUAAUACGGACAAAAGACCACAAGGGAAAGUAAUGAAUAGGACAAAAGACCAUAAGGAAAAUUGAUGAUACGAACAAAAGACCACGAGGAAAAGUGAUGACACGGACGAAUGUACUAGGAUAAGACAUGACGCAGACAAAAAACCACAAGGAAAAGUGAUGAUACGGACAAAAGACCAGAAGAUAAAGUGAUGAAACGGACAAAGACCACAAGGAAAUGUGAUGAAACGGACAAAAUACCACAAGCAAAAGUGAUGACACGGACAAAAUACUACAAGGAAAUUUGAUGACACAAACAAAAGACCACAAGGACGGAAUAGUGAUGACACCGACAAAUGGCCACAAGCAAAAGUGAUGACAAGAACAAAAGUUCUAAAGGAAAAGUCAUGACGUAGACAAAAGACCACAAGGAAAAUUGAUGACACGAACAAAAGACCACAAGUACAUGUGAUGACACGAACAAAAGACCACAAGUACAUGUGAUGACACCGACAAAAGACCACAAGGAAAAUUGAUGAAACGAACAAAAGACCACAAGGACAUGUGAUGACAUGGACAAAAGACCACAAGGAACAUUGAUGACCAUUGACAAAAGACCACCAGGACAAGUGAUGACGCACAUAAAAGACCACAAUGAAAAUUGAUGACACGGACAAAAGACCACAAGGAAAAGUGAUGACGCGGACAAAAGACCACAAGGAAAAGUGAUGACACGAACAAAAUACCACAAGAAAAAUUGAUGAAUAUGACAAAAACCACAAGGAAAAGUGAUGACAUGGACAAAAACCCAUAGGGACAAGUGAGGACUCGGACAAAAGACAACAAGGAAAAGUAAUGAAACGGUUAAAAGAUCACAAGGACAAAUAAUGACACAGACAAUAGACCGCAAGGACAAGUGAUGUCACGGACAAAAGACCACAAGGAAAGCUGAUUACACGGAAAAAAGACCACACAGACACUUGAAAACACGGAAUAAUUAAUGAUAUGGACAAGUUACCACAUGGACAAGUGAUUACAUGGAGAAGUGACCUCACAGACAAUCGAGUAGAAAGGACAAGCUACAAAAGAGGCAAAUGGCCAUGUGGAAAAAUGAACACAUAGAGAACUCACAAAAGGGAAGGAAUGAUCUAAAAGGCAAUUGUACAUGGACAGAAAAUUACAUGGACUGCUUAACACAGAGACAAUGGACCAGAGCGACAAAAAAACAACAACACGGACAAGGGAUCGCACGGAAAUAAAACCAUUCGGACACAUUAACAAGCGGAAGAAUAGAAUACAUGGACAAGUGACUAAACAGACAACUUACCACGGACAUUUGAAAACAUGGACAAAUAAGGAAACGGACAUUCGAAAACAUGGACAAAUAAGGAAACGGACAAAUGGCCACACGGACAAUUGAAAACAUGGACAAAAUAGCAAACGAAAAUAUUACCAUACGGACAAUUGAAAUCAUGACAAAUGAUCACAUGGACAAGUGACGAUUAGGUCAAGGGACAAAAUCGAGAAAUGACAACAAGGACAUGUGACAAGGAACCACAUAAAUAAGUGACAAUACUAUCAAAAUGACCACACGAACAAAGAAACACACAGAUAUAUGAUUAUAUGCCUUAAGUAUAACAUGAAUAAAUAAUAUCAUAGACGACUGAAGUUAUAGACAAAAAAACCCAUAGACAUCUGAUCUCAUAGAAAAAAACGCAUAGAUACUUGAAAGAGUAGACAACUUAACUUAUCGACACAUGAAGGCAUGCACAACUGAAAAAGAAAAUUCACGUAUAAUGCAAAUUGCAAAGAGCCAAACUUUCUAUAAGCUGAAGUGUCUAUGGUUAUAGUUUUAUUACAUUACAUGCCAUCGUACUAUAGAAUGUAAUGUAUAUAGUUUUAGUGUUAUUAUAGUACAGGCUAUUGUACUAUAUAACACAGAAUCUAUAUUAAAGUGGUAGCAUACUCCACCCUGGGGCUCCGGUAGAAAGUCUGUAGUGGCGCCCCCACCGACACCCGGUGCUACCAGUGGACCAAAGCCGCCAUUGUAUGAGCCUGUGAGGACAGACUAUGGGCAUGCAUGGUGUCUGCCAAAAAUGGUAGCAGCUUCAGUGCUGCUACCAGCUGCGGACAUGUUGCCUCUGUUGGAUAUGAGGCAUGAGCGUGUUAGUAGGUACCUCAGACCAACGAUUUCAGUUACUCAUCCUUUAAGGAGGCUGCUACAAGGCAACCAUUUCGCGCCAACUACUUUCGUGAAGUUUGUGCGAGGUGGAAAUACACGACAGAAAGCCCUGAUCAGUGGGGUUUUUACGCUUCUCCCGGACGGGCAGUGAGAGAUAAUAGGACAUACACUUACCAAAUCGACCCCUGGGAAAGUCUUCUGCUGAAGUUGUGAGUGCAACAACCCCGGACGACCAAAUGUCAUUAGGUUGAAACAACGUCAAACGAGUGAAGUUACAGUCUGAGACAGAAUGACAAACAUAUUUCCCUGAUUUCCUGGCUAAUUUCUACUGACAAGAUUUGAAAAUAUUAUACCACGUCAAUACCUAAAAAUAAAACAACUCCUUUUUUUAAAAUUCCAGCAAAAAUAUGCACUUAUUCCUGAUUUUCCUGAUAUCUGUGUUGCCCCUGACUUUGGCGCAAUUAACAGAACUCAGGUCUCUCACAUAUUAUCGAUGGGCCGACAGAGCUUUUAAACUGUCGGACACAAAUAAUGACACUCUUUUGGACUCAGAUGAAUGCACUGCAAGUUUUUAUGUAAGUCACAUAUCCUGUCUGUUAAUUUAAACAUUAAAAUUAGAGUGUUUCUGCUACGCACUGCCUUCUAUUGUAAAAAAAAAUAAUCUCUUGUUUUAAGUUAUGGCUCGUUCACACAGUGCACAACAAAGGACGAUACCAUAGAGAAAUACAAUAAGUAAAGUUACGACACGCAAAAAAAAUUGCCAAUUACAAUUAGUAAGAUUUAUUUUAGUUAUAAUACUAUUACGAACAAAAGAAAUAUAGUUAAAAAUCAUCAACUUACAGAGUAUGUGAAAUUCGUGUACCGGUACACAGUUGUUAGUACAAUGUGCCAAUUAAUAUCGAUGAGUGAUCAAUGCGAAUAAACACAUAAGUACACAAAGAAUAAUAAAUGUCGCGUGAAGUUAAAAUUUAUCUAUCUGAAUCUCCGUCCCUCUGUGUCUGUCAAUCCUUUAUAUAUGUGGGUCUACCGAGGCUAGAAAAGUCCUUACUUUUCUAAUACAAUCGAGAACGUUCCAUUAGAUAAUUGUAGACAUACUAACCAUGUUUAAUUAAACGUCAGUAGUAAACACGAUACUUCAAAGACUAAGCCAUGCCCACAACAAACGCUACCGUCUGCUAGGGAUGUAAUGUGUGCUGAAACAAAGUUCAAGCACAGAUAAAGUGUACUGUAUAACAGUUUGAAUCUGGGAAAGGAAAAUAGAUAGUGUUAGAAAUACUAAUGUGGUUUCGGGAAAAAAUAUAUUUAUAUAAAUAUAUAUGUCAUUUAGAAGUAUUUUUACGGUUGUUUAACCAGGGAAAACAGAAAUUGAAAUAUGUGGCAUUUAGUUUUACUUAUCGGUUGAUCAUUAUCUUUCGUUUAGAUGUAUUCAUAGAGUGCUUAGGACGUCUGAAACAGUGGCGUUUAGAAUUCCAUUAAUAUGUAGAAUUCUUGGAAAUAGAAAGACAUGGCGUUUAGAGGCACUUAUAGAGGUUCUGAAACUGGAAAAUGGAAAAAGAUGGCGUUAAGAAGUACUCAUACUUUUUCUGAAACUUUAAAAUAGAAAUAUUUGGCAUAUAGCUGUACUUUAUACAUCGUUCAAGUCUGGUUGAUCCAUUUAGUUGUUUUGGCAUGCUAAACUUUUCCCAUACAACAGGUUCUUAGGCUUGGUUAACAAUAUCAAAUUCCUUUCAAAUUAGUUCCACAUUUGCAUCAAAUAUUUGUAUGAACUCACUAUAAUGUGUGUGGCCUAUGUUUCUUUUCAUAGAUUUGUUCAAAAUCUGAUCACAUUCUAAGUUUUUAUACGCGACAACAAAUCACAGAUUUACCUUUAUCACGUGACAUUACAGCUGAUUAUCAAAAUGACAGCCAUUUAAGUAUAUUUGGGCUACAAUGAAACUAUUGGAAAAAAAACGACAUGGUCAAGUUAGUCCCCCCUUUAAAGGGUACAUGCCAAUUAUGACAUUCAAAAAACUUGGCACAAUUGAAAUAUAAGCGUGAUGAAUCGAAUAUUCUUUUGUUUCUGUUAGCUAAAAUUUAACCGUGAAUCUGAAAUCUAGAGAUAGAGAUGUUUCAUCAGCUUUUUUGUAUCUUCGAAUAGUUUCACCAUUUUCUGGUAUUAAAUAUUCGAUAUCAUUUAAGAAAGGAAUAUUUGCCAUGGGUUUGUAUCAUUACUUCUUGUGGGCUGAAAAUAGAACAGAUGAGAUCCGUUUCAAAAACCAAAAAAAAAAAUAUAUAUAUAUAUAAAGGUGAAAGUGAAUCAUGUCAGAAUCGGGUAAAUCUGUGAACACAUAUAUUAUAGCCAUUUAAAAACUUCAAACUCGUUAACAGGACCAAAUGGUGUUGGCAUAUUUAUAUACCUAUAUAUUUUUUUUAAUUUAAAAAAAAGAAACAUCAUAAAAAAGAAAAUAAACAGUUGUCCGAAAUUAAUCUUUUUUUUUUUUUUUUUUUUUUUUUAUAAAAAGGGCCAUCGAAUAACCCAGUUUUAUAAAUGUCAAAUUCAAAUUGGAUAAAAAUUUAUCAUUAUAAAAUCAAUAGCAUCGCACAAAUACUUUUAUGAAAAAAAAAAAAUUAUAUUUUUCAGCGACUAAAAGAUAACGACUCUGUCGAGGAUAUUACCUUGCACGCUUUGAUUGCUCGCUACGGUGCCUACCGUCUAAGUGCAUCUGUCUCAACUUCAUUGUUUAAUCAGUACGACAAAGACGGAAGCGGUCUAGUAGACAUUUGGGAUUUCCUAGUCAUGUACGUUUCAUAUGACACGGAUAAGGACUUCACAGUCACCCGUGAGGAAUUUAUCAGGUGAGCCGGAGAAUACUUUUGUUAAUAACCAUUGAAUCGAUGCGGUUUGAGCUUGCGCUGUUUGUGGCGCUGUUUGUGGCACUGUUUGUGGUGCUGUUUGUGGCGCUGUUUGUGGCGCUGUUUGUGGCGCUGUUUGUGGCGCUGUUGGUGGCGCUGCUUAUGGCGCUGUUUGCUGCGCUGUUUGUGGUGCUGUUUGUGGCGCUGUUUUGUGGUGCUGUUUUGUGGCGCUGUUGGUGGCGCUGUUUGUGGCGCUGUUUUGUGGCGCUGUUUUGUGGCGCUGUUUGUGGCGCUGUUUGUGGUGCUGUUUGUGGCGCUGUUUGUGGCGCUGUUUGUGGCGCUGCUUGUGGCGCUGUUUGCUGCACUGUUUGUGGCGCUGUUUGCUGCACUGUUUGUGGCGCUGUUUUGUGGCGCUGUUUUGUGGCGCUGUUUGUGGCGCUGUUUGUGGCUCAGUUUGUGGCGCUGUUUCAGGCGCUGUUUAAGGCGAUGUUUAUGUCGCUAAUUAUAAAUUAUAUUGUAUAUCAGAUUAUGUGUGUACUUUAUUAUCUUGUACUUUUUUUUCCCAUGACAACUUGCGACCAAAAUUGUCAGACCUGAGUCCCAAAAUAUUAGUCACAAUAGGGCUUUCAAUACAGCAGUUCUCAUUUUGAGUAGUUCAACUUGAAAGUUCAAACAUCCUUAGAGAUACAGGGAUGUCAAGAAGGCUAUCGAUUGUACGAGCGAUGGUGUCGCUAUUUCCUUAUCGUUGUGAUUUAAUCAGUUAAUGUUAACAUUAUAUUCUUUCACUCGGUUAAAUGGGUUCGUCAAUUUUGUUACUUGGGACGUGGAAACUAAUUCAACUUCGUAUAGAAUUUUUCCUUUAACAUAGAUCGUCCUUAUUGGGAAUAUCAUAACAACAAUUUUAAUUACAACUAGUUAUAUCCCGCAAAACAUUGGCGACGGCAAUGCGUGAACUUCCCAUCUAGUAAAGUUACUUGACAAAACAUGAACUCAAGUAUCGCGCACAUUUAUGAAUUCCAAUUAUUGCUAUUCCCCCCCCCCCCACCCCCAAUGAUACCUCACCUCAUAGUUUCUUUUCACGCCCAUGAACUAUAUUAAAUACUAGUCGACCCGCGACGUAGCAUACGUCGGAGACUUGCUCAUAGAUGAGUGAAGAUUUCGUGAAAGACACAGUUGUCCAAACGGGGGUGGGUUUGAGGAUACAACGGUGAUUGCUUGAAGAGAUGGAACUCUGGAGAGAGCUGCACACAACUGUCUGUGACUGAAUACCGGUUUUGGCAGAUAUAGGCAUAUCUUUUUGAAAGUUUGUCCCUGUGCCUUAUUGCAUUGUCAUUGCAAAGGAUAACCAAAGAGGAAAUUCUCGCCGUGUAAAAGUAAAAGGUCAAUUUGAAUCUGAUGUUGUGAGGGGAAAUCUGGGAAAUAAGGACAAUUUUUGCGGUAUCACCUGCAACAGUUCGACACUCUAGCACAUUGCGGUGAACGUUGUUCACAGUCAGUCUAGUGUCAUUACAGAGGACUCUUGCUGGCAUGAGGUUUCUGAGAAGCACGACAGCUUGAAAUCCAUUUUAAUUUUGAGUUUAUGUGUUUGGCAUGCCAGUGGGAGUAAGACUGUUAAGAAAUUCUUCGGGGAAUGACAGUUGAUCUGCGGGAUCAUCUGUGACGAUGGAGUCAACACUGUUGAAAGUUAGUUGGACGGUAGGGAUAAGUUUCAAGACUUCUUCAUUUAUGAUGUAGGUAGUCUUCGUUGUGGACGCUUCAUAUAGCUCGCGCGCUGAUUUGUUUCGGAGUGAUAGUUGGAGGAGUCGAUGUUGUCAUAUAGUUGUUGAACGGGAUUAGAAUUAACAGGAAAAAAUAAUGAAAGUAAUUGAACAAAUGUUCCACUUUUUUUCCGUCUCCAACAUUGAGGAGCCAUUUGGCGAAAUCUAGUUCAUGAGGAAGGGCUCUCCUACUUGUUGUCAGUGUAAGGACAUGCAUGUUACGUCACAAAGGAUGUUUGUUAAUGCAACUGGCGACAGUAAAUGCUCGGGAGCCACGCAUAAUGAUGGGGAGGAUUUGUCGGAAAUCCCCCCCCCCCAUAGUAUUGUUUAGCCUCCAAAUAGCUGCUUGUCACCCGUAAGGUAACGUAAUAAACUGCCAACUGCCUGGAUAGCGUAUGCAUGUGUCAUUGGGGCUUCGUCCCAUAUUAUCACUUUGGAUUUGUGAAGAUGUAGAGCGUGGAGUGACGUAGGUUUGAUUUUGCAUGUGGAAGUCGUGGUCAGCUUCAAGGGUAUUUUAAUAACGGAAUGUGCAGUACGUCCACUUGUUUAAAGUGAGGAAGAGUUGCGUGGCGUCAACCUCACUCUCUCGUCCGCCCCCCCUCCCAUAUCCAGUGGCAAGACUCUACGUCAAGACGACCAGGGAAGGGUACGGUUGCAGGAAUUGUCCUUGUAUGCGCCUUACGGGACUCCAACUCCGGGUUUGAAUUCAGAGUUUCCUUCUCUUAGAUGAGUUGCCGACCAAGGUUAACGAGUGUCAUCUACCCGGGAUUAUAUAUAUAUAGCCUGCGCGGUGGUGGUGUUUGACCUUUACUGGCGAAUUAUAUAGAGAGAUUUUUAGCAGCUUGCCGCCUCCAAUAAACUGGAUUAAAAUACUUAAUCCACGCAAUGCACAUUAUUGAAACUUCUGAAGCAAACAAUGGAGAUUAUUGAAAAUACUUAAGCCAAACAAUGCACAUUUUCAAAUACAAACUUUCAGGUCAAUGAAACACUCACAAAUUAUAAUACUUUAUUUACCUUCCGUUUCAGGGCUAAUGACGAGAUUUUCACCAUUGCCGGCGCACCAAGAUUUUUAGGAAAAUGAACAGCUC